UUACAUACAUAAAUAGCGUUAUUAAUUCCUUAGUUUUGCAUGUACAUUAUGUCCAACUUCUUUUUACCCUUUUUGAAGUGUCAGUAAAAAAUUCCUUUGUCUCUGAUGUCCAUUAUUACAGAAAUAUAAUUUUUUUUGAAAACAUGUAUUUCCUUCUUUGGGUAGUCAAUUUGUGUUGAUCAUUGUUUAUGAAUUAUUAUAGAAGCAGAACCUGUUAUUACAACAAAUGAUAAUAAUAAGCAGGAGGGUUGAGAUUAGCUUUUAUAGCUAUUAUAUUAUGUUGUUUCAGCUCAACCAUUAAUUCUAUAACUAUUACUUGCAAAAAUGUAGAUAGAUUACACCAUGUCUUCCACAAUAUUCAGUUUUCAGUAUUUUUUAUGGCCUUAAUCCAGUUUAAAUAAUUCAGGUUUGUAAAUCAUCACAUCUGUUUUGUGUCAUGUGGACUUUCAUUUGGACACCUUCGGCUUACAUAAACUUAAAAAAAAAGGUCAUGCCAAAGUAAACUUUUAUUUUUAACCUUGGCCAACUGCUUUUAGACCUUGCACUUUGGUGAGAAAACAGUUCCAAUUAUGGUUAUGGAAGAAAAGGAAGUAGCUGCAUAUAAAUAGCGCCGAGUUGAAUCUCUUACACAUUUUUUUGUUUCACGAGUGCAGCUUAAGCCAUAUAUGGAAAUAAACAGUUAUUACCUGUAGGUAAGCAGAUUGAAGGAACAUUGUUGGAGAUUGUUUGAGCACCUCCUUCUUCUGCAUGGUAGCUUAUAGGAAAAGGAAACUGGUGUCUUUUUCUUACUAUUAAAGAAUCCUUGAAAACAUCAGAGCUAUUAACAAUGAACACAGCUAUGAAGGUUUCCACCUUUGCCAAAAAUGUUGCCACUGCAGUCAUCAUCAUUUCAGUUGUUUGCUAUGCAGAGAACCUGAAAUGGAUAUCAGGUUCUGUCAUUAGCCUGGACAUGGCAGAAAAUUCUGUUGAUGACCAAUUUAUAGGCUGCAAAAACAGAAUGUACGAGCGGAUUACAAAGAAGAUUCUACCAGAAGAGUUAAAAUCUAAUGAAUAUUUUAAAAACAUUUGGCAACAGUACGUAAAUUUUACUGAUUAUUUUACAAUAAUAAUAAAGGUCUACACAGACCCAAGUUCUGACCUUUAUAGUCUGUUCAAUGAAGCUGUGAGCUCAGGCAGAGGGAAUUAUGUCAGUAAGUUCACCUAUAAAGCCUUUCAUUUCUUGCUAACAGGAGCCAUACAAAUUCAUCAAGUAAAGAAAUGUACUCAUGUUUUCCGCAGAACCAAUGUUAGUUUUGAUACAAACGUUCUUGGCCAUGAAAUGCGAUUUGGCAGGUUUGCAUCAACUUCACUUACAACUAACAUGUCACGUAUAUUUGGCGAAAUCUCCUGUUUUAAUGUUACGACAUGCUUUGGUGCAAACAUAGCCAAUAUUUCUGUGCUCCCUGAUGAGGAAGAGGUGCUAAUCCCACCUUUCGAAAAAUUCAAAAUCACAAAUAUUGAAAAAAACCAGAUGAACUGUAGUGUCAUUUACACUCUACGGAGCACUGGGACGUUUAGUAAUAUGAACUGUGCGCUGUUUAAUUUAAAAAAAAUGCAGAUGCAAAUGUGUUGAUGUUAAUAUAGCAUCGCUGCUAACACUGCUGUAUAAUUUAGUACAUGAUGUAAUGUUUUCUAAACAUGUAUUGUUGUAAAAGCUUUUGUUAUUUCUUUAUAAAAUUGCUAAAAAUAAUUAAAUUAUUGCAAUUUUAACAAUUUUUGAGAUUUUGUCUGAAUGGAAUCUAGAAACAUUUUGUAGCUCACCACCAAAAAUUAAUAUUUGAAUAUUCAAAGAAGUGAUGACCUGAUGCUCCUAGGUUCUACACAUUGCUUAAUCUUCAAUAAAAAGAGAUAUGCAUGAA